AAUUUUAGUCACAUAAUAUAAUAUAGAGAUAGAGAGAGAGAGAGAGAGAGAGAGAGAGAGGCGAAGUCUUCUAAUUUCCCAAUUCAUUCUGCUUCUCCUUUUCCUCUGUUCUUCAUCGGCGAUUAUAUAAAAAGAAUCGUCUUCGUCUUCAACUUGCUCAACCCCACUCAAUUUCAAAACCCAUCGGAUUUCGGAUCAUUUCUUUCAGAAAGAAUACUGUAAGUCGUCUUCGUAUCUAUAUCUAUUGAUUGUAGCAAUUUACAGCAAAAGAAAGACGAUCAACAAGGUUCUUCCAAAGUGCCCCAUUUCUUCAACCUCUUCUUCUUAAUUUCUUUCCUUCAAUGGAAUUGGCGGACAUUCCAAAGUCGGGUGUUAUUAUUACUCCUGCAGAGGUGAAUAGUGGGUUAGAAAAGUCAGUGAUUUCCGAUGAAACAAACAGAUUUCAGUACAAUACAAAAUCUGAUAGCUUCAUCAUCGAUAUGGACAAUCUUUCCAACAAGGAAAUUUCUCACAAUUCAAGAAUUUCAAGGAAUUUUAGUAGAAAAGGAAUGUUACGUGGCGGAAACAAGAUAGGGCAAGAUAAUGGUGAUGGUGAUGAAGCAGGAGGAGAGUCCAUAUCCCCAAUAGGGGGAGGAGGGUCGAGCACUCUGGAAAAGCAGGCGGUGGUGGGGAGAGAAGAAUUGGUGGUCGGUGCACUGAGCCAUGAGACAGCGAUUAGUAGCACCCAGAGGAGCAGCGGCGCCGAAAAGCUGAGCAUGAGACGAAACAGCUUCAAGCGGUCUACACAACCUUGCAGUUGGUACUUGGACCCCAGGAAGAUUUUUUUGUUCUGCGCCACACUGUCGUGCGUGGGAACUAUGUUGCUGAUAUACUUGACAUUUUCAUCUGGAUUGCUCAAAGUAGAAGAAAGUGAGUCGGGAUCAUAGAAGUUAAUAGUCUAUACCCUUAGGUGACAACUUAUUUUUGGUGAUAUAUAUCAUGUAUUAUACUUUACUUUAGUUAUAUAUAUAUAUAUAUAUGUUGAAUUUCAGAAAGAGAUUAACAAAUAAGGGCAGUUGUAGCCUACGGGAGGUGUAGAGAAUCCGAAGGAAAUUAGUGUUCAGUACUGGUGGAGAGGUCCCAUUUAUAUAGUAGUGUGUGUAUAUUGUAUAUAUACAUAUACAUCCCUUAAUCUGAAUCUACUUCUCCCUUCUUCGGUAUAUUUUUUCUCUAUCAUAAUUGUAAAUUAAAGAUAGUAUUAAGAAAAAAAGGUCAAUGGUUGCCUAAUCGGUAAUUAUUGCACUUGCUCUCAUAAAUAUUUAAAUUUAUUGUGUAUUAAA